AUGAGCGAUCUCCUGAACUACAUCCUCAACAAUGAGGAUGCAUUCCGAAGAAACCGUCUUCCCUCUCUCUACUCCGAUUUCUCCACCCAAAAGAAAACAAACCCAGAUGGAUACGCCAUCAACGUCGCAGCUUGGGAAACAGCACUAAACCACGCCGCAAAGCGGGGCUAUAGUUCGUCGCGUGGUGUGCAUGUACGAUCUGGAUCAACAACGUCGCAGAAAAAUGGACCAUCACAACGCAAAAAGACCGAUCAUCUUCUUCUGCGCACGGAUGAGUCGUUGCUACGCGAUCUGGAACUUCCGGAGUGGGGUCGACCUGUUGCUCUUGGUGCUGUCUUUGCUGAAGCCCUGCGCAAACAUACUAUGGUUCCCUUGGAGGUAUACAAGACUACCCCGGGAAGUUUGCAGAAGAGUCAGUGGCGCUUGAUAGAUCCAGGGGUCCUGAGUCCUUGGAAUGUUAUGAGCUGGGGUGUUCGGCAGUUGAAAGGAUUUGUGAUUGGAGAGGGAGAGUCUGCACCCAAGUUGCAAGUGCAGGAAUUGGUAUUAGUGGACAACUUACAGGAAGCCGCAGAGCUCGCUAUCAAGAAAGCCACUGGAGGCAAUUCGUCCAAGCUAGAUCUCAUAUACUCGAAAGAAAGCUUUAUAGAAGACUAUGCGACGAUUUUACACGAUGCUACUGAACUUUCUGAUUCGGAUUUUGAUGUUUUAUUGCUAUAUCUUUCCCGCGACUGUGGGGCCAUUGCAUAUGAUGGCAGGACGAUCAAAUUCAAGUCAUCAGAUGAAUCAAGUCAGAUCACGCAACAGGACACAACCAUUGCGUCCAUCAAAGCACUUGUAUCGACGAUAUCAAAGCAGGUCACAAGCUUGGAGUUAAAGAUUGCGCAGCUGACAGAGUCUGCCAAAACCGCACUGAACAACAAGAAUAGAAUAUCAGCUCUCUCAGCAGUGCGGUCCAAGAAACAAAUGGAGCACAAUCUUUCUCAGCGGCUCAAUACUCUUGCUCAGCUGGAAGAGGUAUACGCCAAGAUUGAAGCCGCUGCAGGCCAUGUUGAGAUCGUGCAAGUGAUGGAGGCGAGUACUGGCGUUCUUCGUGGUCUGCAUGCUCAGGUUGGUGGUGCUGAACGCGUCGAGGAUGUCGUCGAAGAAUUAAGAGAAGAGAUGGCAAAGGUGGACGAAGUUGGCUCCAUCAUGAACGAAGCAGGCCCUGUCAUUGAUGAGGGUGAGAUCGACGAGGAGUUGGAGGCAUUGGAGAAGAGCGACCAGGAAGCAAAGGGAGAGAAGGAGGCCGAAGAAACCCAGAAACGACUUGCAGAGUUGGACGACUUCGGACGCCAAGCAGAAACUAUGAAAGAUGUGGACAUUCGGCUGGCGGAAAGCAUUGGGAAGCUUUCCAAUAUGUCGGUUGAAGACCGACCUUUGCCAGCUAAGUAA